AUGCCAUCUCAACUAACGAAACUUCCUACCUUUCUGAAUCGCUUCCCCACCGCUUCGAUUCACUACAGAUGGAGCGAGACAUUGGAUGAAGUCAAUGCUAUCGUGACGAAGCCAGAUGAAACCGGCGAGGGCAGCGGCGAACCCCCAACAUGGCUGCACUGGCCGACGCCUAUCCACGACACUCUCUUCGGCUACGAGUGGAUCAUCAACAAUCUCUGUCCUUCAAACACGCAACGCAGAGACGUCUAUGUCUACGGCUCCUUCAUCGGCGCUAGCCUCGCUGCCUCCCUGGCGCUGACAGAGUCCCACGCGCAUCAGCGCAUGGCCGUCCGCGGGCUGCUGGCCUUCAACGGCAUCUACAAUUGGACCACCUUCCUGCCAGACCACCCAGUCAACAAAGUGAAGACGCAGAGCAUCUUUGACACGCCACACCGCGAUGCUGAAGGCACGACUUUCCACUUCCUCAAGCAGCAGAUUCCGGGCCUCUUCAAGUCGCCAACGAACCUGUUCGACCCCUUUGCAAGCCCUGUGCUCUUCUUCCACACCGCUGGCCUCCUUGUGCCGAACUCAUUCACGGACUCCACUGUGCCGUCGUCUCUGCUCCGGGCUAUCGAUGCGCUGUCUGGCGAUGCCCAUGCGGAGGAACCGACCGUAGAAACAGCCUUCAAGACGCCAAGGAAGGGCUAUCUCGCCUUUCCGCCGCGGCAGUCCAGCCUCAAGAUCCCGGAAUCACUCUUGCUACAUGAAAUGCCGCCUCCAAUAUCAACAGCGGGUCUCGGUUUCGGAAGGAGGCGACGCUCAAGGAGGGUGCUCACGGCCAAGGGCGAGAAAUCCGGCGUCAACAACUUCCAGACCCAGGCGGAGGAGCUGGCAGGCAUGAUGCGGCGCAGCAUCAACAAGUUGGAGCUGAAGGAGCGCAUGAAGUGGGACGAGGACUUUGACGAUUGGGACCACGAGGCGGAGCGGAGGGUGAGGACCGCUGAUGUGGGAAGGGUGGAAGGAGUCGGAUUCGAGCUGAGUGAGCAUGGCCAGGAGUUGGCCGUGUCAUGGCUUGAGGAGAAGAUGUCUGGAUGA